UCAGACAGGAACUCAUGCAAACUGUGCGAGUCUGCAGAAACAGAGAUUAGGAGUUUGUGUGGAGAACUUGGACGGGGCUGACGAUUUAAUACGGCUGUGCAAUUGACCUCUUGGCUGCUGAGAGCCGUUCUAACAUGUCUGAGAAAAUUGAGCUGCCCUUCCGGCUGGACACGCAGCUGACGGAGGUGAUGCGCCUGCGGGUUCAGUCUCUGCAGCAGCGCAGCCAGAAGAGGUCGGAGGGCGAGCGCCUGCUGCGGGCCAAUGAGGCCGUUUACCGGCUGGAUUUCUCCAAACAGUCCCUCAGGUUCUCGCACUGGACGGUGCGGCUGGCUCAGCCUGGACGCCUCACCGUCACAGCCACCUCGCAGCUCUGGACGCCAGACCUCACCAACCUGAUGACGCGGCAGCUGCUGGAGCCCGCCGGCGUUUUCUGGAGAUCGCCAAAGGAUUCCCCGGACGCGCCGAUCCAGUGUUACGAAGCCGACGCAGAUGAAUUUGGUGAGAGGAUAGCGGAGCUGGCGAAGACUCUAAAGCUGCGAAUAAAUAUGGCCUGCCCUGAAGGAUUUGCAGGAGCUGAGUCCCACGUGAGACGAUGCACAGAGACAGAGCGUGUGUGUGUGUGUGUGUUUGUGUGUGUGUGUGUGUGUGUGAGCAGAUGAGAGAACAGGCUUCUGCCGCCUCGUUCCUCAGUCUUGCACAAUGACCCUGACAAACAAGGAGACAGCAGCUCCCAUCCUCCUCUUCCUCCCUAAAGCUCACUUCAACACGCAGGAACUGAAUGAAAAGUGAGAAAAAUAAAAAAAACAGCUCCGACGUCAGGAGGAUUUGACUACUGUGACUUGUUUCUUGUCGCCACGGUGUCUAAGCUGAUUUAUAUGAACCUCAAUUAAAUCAAUCUUUCUCACAGUUUUUGCGUAUUAAGUUUGUGUCUCACUCGUGUGCAUACAAACACAAGGAAGUAAGAAAAACGUGUGCUACUCAAACUAUUCAACAACUAAAUCUCUUUUACAUGUUUUUAUAACAUCAAGCAGCUUUAAUAUGACAUUGUUUGAGCUGAAGUAGUUUUAAUAGUUACAUUUGGUCUUUUUAAAUAAAAGGAAUUCCGUCAGAUACAUUUUUAUAUUAGAYUUAUUUAUCAUUUUGUUUUUAAUAUUGUUAAUUUGCGACACUGUAAAGGCCUCCACAUGUUCCAUCUGAAGCUGAACAGCGACAUUCGUUCACGACUCUAUGAGUAUCUGCUUCCAGGUACAACAGUGAAGUUCACCUGGUGGGUUGUGACAAAAAAGUGGAAGACUUGAACAAAAAUGAUGUAAUUUUCAUCAUAAAACUUCAACAACAGCAGAUUUCAGCAGUUUGAAGGGAGUAUGUAGAGGCAUUUAAGGUUUUACAACCUUGGCCUUAAUUUACAAUAUAUUAGGAGUGACUGCAGCAGCUGGAACGGGGCAUCGAACCGGCAAACCUCCAGUUACUGGACGACUCCCCUAACCAGUUCACCACAGCCGUCCAUAUAUCAGUAAUAAUGUUGACUAUGUUCAGAAAUAUUCAGACUAUAUUUUAGCAGUAAGAAAAGCAAAAAAAACCUGCUUUAACAGGUUUGAUGCUGUGAGUUAUAAUUGUCUUUAAGAGGGAUAAAAACCAGUUUUAACGUUUAUUACACACAUAACUUUCUGCCAGCUGCAUGUUAACCACUGCACAAACAACAAAAACAAAAUUAAUUUCCCAGCUCUGAUCAACAGUUUACACACAAUUAGCUUAAAGUUAACKCUGUUACAAAGCGAACAGAAAGUGAAAACUUAUUCUGUUUAAAAGACAAAACUUGUGGGUCUGAACUAAAACAAUACGUUUUGAGCUGAGACAUGCUCGCUCAUGAAGCUACACAUUUUAUAAGUGAUAUCAGCUAAUGCUAAUCUGUUAGCAUCUGUGUCCCAAAGGAUUUAUCAAUCCAUCUUCCUUUGUCUAUUCAUUCUUUUACAGUGGAACAGAGUAAACACUGAUGAAGGUUACACCCUGAUAAAAAUCCCAUCCACCGGACAUCCAUUUAGUCUCAGCGUUUCCAGCUCGUCCUCAGAGACUCRGCAUUAGUUUU